AUGCCCGCCAAAAGAAAAUUGGUUGCCGAGGCUAACAUUGAGCCAGCCAGCGUGCCCUCUCCGCUGCCGCCAUCCGUUGAGGAAGCCUACCGACGGAAGUGUCUCCAGCUGAAGAAUCGCACAAACGAGGUCGAGGAGGCCAACGACGCGGCCAGACUACGACUCGCCCGCAUAAAACGCCAAGUCGAGAAGCUGAGGAUAGAACGGGCGUUUCUGCUGGAACAAUUAGCCAAGCGCACCAGCACCAACGUCGAAGAUUCCGAGGGCAGCCCCAGCCCUCCUCCCACGGCAACCACAUUCGAUAUCCCAGUUGAGGCGAAUGCUAACCCCCGAAAGCCCAAGGAUAAGCCGCUGCGCAUUAAGAAAGGCCACCGAAAAUCCAACGCGCCAGCAGAUGCCGACGCGAAGCAGGGCGCUGCAAAGGACCCCGCGUCCCCGACUUCCGAGUCGGCCAAGGGUUCUCAUGUAGAGAUGAGCAACUACGAUACUGAGGACCAGGAGACUCAAGACAAAGAUGGCGACGAGUAA